AUGGCUUCUGUGGCACUGAGAGCUCCAUCAGGCGGGCACACAUGUCAUCCGUCAGCUGCCUCGUGCGCCCAUCAGAGGGCUGACGAGCCACAGGAUGCAAUCCGUCUUUCCAAUUUCUACAUUGCUUAUCCUGCGUGUGCCUCCGAGCCUCUCUUGGCUGAUUUAGGGGCAGAGGUGGGCUUCACCCCGCAUAGUCGAUCACAACCAUGGAGUGUGGAGACAAGUCUUGAGGUGACCUUUUUGACGAGCUGGAUUGGGUGGUUCCCGUGGACCUGUGCUGGCACCGUCGUGGUCUCCUGGGAUGGGUUGCUUGUAGGGUGGGGCGGUCUUCAGAUGCUCCGACACACAAGGUCAGUACCCCAGCAGCUGGGCGCCUCGCAACACUGCAGCAUGUACGGCAGACUAGAACCUAAACCCAGCAAGCCCUCGCCGAGCAUGGCACCCGAAAGGGUCACCUCUAUUCCCUCUACAGGAAACUGUCCGUCACAGAAACCUUUCCCCCUUUUCAGCGUGCGGACGAUUGUCGGUGUUUUUCCAAAGAAGAACGGUCUGAUAUUUAUCGCUGUGAUGGCUUCUACUGCGGGUACUUUGGAUUCUCCUGUCAAACAGAUCCAAAUUGAGGGCUUGGUGGUUCUUAAGAUCAUCAAGCACUACCAGGAGGAGGGCCAGGGCAGUGAGGUGGUUCAAGGUGUCUUGUUGGGCCUUGUGGUUGAAGAUCGGCUGGAGAUCACCAACUGUUUCCCCUUCCCACAGCACACUGAGGAUGAUGCAGACUUUGAUGAAGUCCAGUACCAGAUGGAGAUGAUGCGCUCUCUACGUCAUGUUAACAUCGACCAUCUGCAUGUGGGAUGGUACCAGUCCACCUACUACGGUUCCUUCGUCAGCAGGGCGCUCCUCGACUCCCAGUUCAGCUACCAGCAUGCCAUUGAAGAGUCCGUUGUGCUCAUCUAUGACCCUAUAAAGACGGCCCAAGGCUCCCUGUCCCUCAAGGCUUACAGGCUCACCCCUAAACUCAUGGAGAUCUGCAAAGAGAAAGAUUUCACCCCUGAAGCAUUGAAGAAGGCUAACAUUGGCUUCGAGCACAUGUUCGAGGAGGUGCCUAUUGUUAUCAAAAACUCUCACCUCAUCAACGUCCUGAUGUCGGAGCUGGAGGACAAGUCCACAGUUGCCAACAAACAUGAACUGCUCAACCUAUCAAGCAGUAACCAUUUGGAGAAAAGCCUUCAGCUCCUGAUGGACAGAGUGGAUGACAUGAGCCAAGACAUCGUCAAGUAUAAUACCUACAGCCGCAAUCUGAGUAAACAGCAGCAGCAGAAGCACCAGUACCUCCAGAGGCGGCAGCAGGAGAAUGCUCAGCGGCAGAGUCGAGGAGAGCCACCGUUGCCUGAAGAGGACCUGACCAAAAUGUUCAAGCCCCCUCAGCCUCCACCUCGCAUGGACACACUCCUUAUUGCAGGGCAAAUCAACAACUACUGUCAGAAUGUGAAGGAAUUCACCUCGCAGAACCUUGGGAAGUUGUUCAUGGCGGAGGCUCUCCAAGGCCACAACGAGAGGAAAAAUACAUAAAAACAAAACUAACCAGACAACUGAAGUGCUCUCUUGUUUAUUUCCUGCUCAGCUAUUCAUUGUUUCACACUGCUUUGCAGAUAAAAGUCAAGCAGACCUUUAAUUUUCCCUGUAAGUUUUUCAUCAUUAAAAACAAAAUUGGGCAACUUUA